AUGGAUUUCGCCUUAGAAGAUGUUUUGGAUGAAAAUUAUGGUCCGCUAUCACUUAAAGUUUCACAAUAUCCAAAAAAUCUGAAGUAUUGGGAGCAAGUUUUGAAUUAUUUAUUGAAAAAAGCAAGUCCAUUGAACAAAUCUAUCGAUGAACGUUUGGCAAACCUUAUAAGGUUCACUUAUAGCGGAAUGCUGUCGCAUUUCCCGUUUCUGGAAAACUACUACAUUGAUUAUGCGCUUUUUGAGUUGAAAUUGGGCAAUGUCAAAGAGAUGCAUCGUGUUUUCAAAGAAGGCUUACUCAAAUUCAAUAACCGAUCUCUUCUUCUGUGGGUAGAAUAUCUCAAACUUUGCAACGAAUUGAUUGCGGACAACAAGCAAUUGUUUCGGAAAUAUGAGCUUGCUGAGCAAUCCGUGGGACUUCAUUUUUUCAGUGGGGAAUUUUGGGAAUUGUACCUUGACCAGAUCCUGUUGCGCAGUAAUUCUCCCAAACCAUACCUACUUGUCUUGCGUAAAGUUUUGGAAGUCCCGAUUUAUUCGUUUAGUGCAUUUUACAGCAAAUGGUUGACGGCAGUGGACGAAAUACGAGAUUUAAAGCAACUGACAUAUUUCCUACCUGAGCUAGAGGUGGCCAAAAGACUCAAGAUCGACAUGCGCAAGGUUUCCAGGAGGGGACCCGAUGUACAAGAUGCCAAGCGACAGUUGAAAAAAUUCACUAAAGAACUUUACAUGGUUGUACAACAUCGUACGCUUGAGAUCUACAACUUGUUCGAAAUUCAUUUGAAAACACAGUUCCAGACUUCGUAUGAGACCCUGUUAAGCUACGAUGAAAUUGUCAGUUGGCGAAAAUAUCUCAAUUAUACCAUCGAGACGGGUGAGAAAACGCUUAUAAUGUUGAAUUUCCAAAGAGCUUUGGUACCUCUGGCCCAUUAUGAUAUCAUUUGGCUCAUGUACGCCAAUUGGCUUCAGAAAGACGAAACCAAUUUUGCAUAUGCCAAAAACGUUCUUUUGCAGGGGCUACAGAUAUCCCAAAGGAAGGUCAGAAUUUUGAAAAGCCUAGCAUUGGUGUUGAUCAGAUUGGGCAAACGUCAAGACCUCAUUAACGUUUUUGGUAGUUUGCAAGAGGCCUUCGGAAAUAAAAUAGAAGCGGUUGACGAUUUUGAACUUUUCAUGGAUUACUUCAAAAUUACAACAUUCCUUCAAGAACUAGUCUCACAGGGAGAUCAAGAUCUGCAAGCGGCAAGAAAUUCGUUAAGUUUUGAUCCGCCGCUUGUCUUGGCAAUGAAACGCUUAAGUUACGGGACUCACAAAAAUGGUCAAAUGGAACUGCUACAUGUGCUUUGUGAAAUGUACAACAGGUUUUCUGGGCCCGAAUUACAGCGGGAAAUCUUUGAUCGCAUACUAGACCAGGGAUGGGAGUUUUAUCUGAGCAAUGGGAAAUUUUGGCUCGAGCUUUGCAAGAGAAUUUGGUUUGACACCGACAUUUCGUACCUUGAAAAGAGAAGAUACAUUACUAAAACUGUAUGGCCUAAAGCGGCUCGAUACAGAAAAACUACAAAGCCCGAGAUGGAUUACUUUAGGAAAUCAUAUCUUCCUGAAGAUUCCGAAGCGUUUGCAUCGUUAUUCAAAUGUGUCCAUAAAACUCCUGAUACGAAUUAA